UAGUCGCUCCGGUUGCGCUGCUCUGGCAGCCUGAAAUUUUGCAGUUUAGUGUGCUCGAUAUGGUCGAGGAAGGCCGGCACAUCACCGCCAGUUCUGAAUUCAUUCACCGCAUUAAUGCGAGAAAUUGCAAACUAGUUGCCUGCUUUGUGGUCGUCGGUUUCGUCCUCUACCACGGCGUCAUUCACCUGACGUACGGCAUCGACACGUGCAAGUGGCUGCUGAGCGAUGGACGAUUUCAGGGCUAUCACGUGUGGCAACCGUACGGCUGUAUGUUGCACACCUACACCAAUGCGGAAUCUCGCAUGUGCCUGCGCUACAUCGCCUAUUGGGGGGGCAAGAACCACAUUGUGUUCGUUGGGGACUCGCGCAUCCGUCAACUGUACGGGGCCUUUGUGCAGCAGGUGCAGCCGUCGCCCGCACCCCAGCAGGGCCACCGGGAUUUGCUUUACGAGGAGAAGGACCUGCACCUCACAGUGGUACGUUGCCCGCAUCCGAGUUGCUGUGCGAGUCCAACUUUUGUUUUGCUGGGUGUCAUCAUCAUCGACGGAGGGUGGGACGGGACAAGGGUUAACCCCCGCCCUGCCGGACUGACCUAG